AUGCUAGGCAGGCUCUUUGGUAACGCUGCCCCAUCCGUCAAUACGGCUAGCUAUUCCCGCGACUCCAUUGUUGACGAGGAGUACACACGUGGCCUGCUGUACCCAGAUUAUGCAGCUCCACAACAUGGCCCAGCCUACGUGUCCCAGCUUGGACCUGGGCGAGUGGGAGACUUUGACGAGUGGGGUGGCCUUGAGCUUGAUGCUCUAAAGGACUUUAGGAUAAUGGUCGCGCAGGAUGCUCUGGGGGAUUCCGAGGAACCUUGCAUACUAUUUGAUACACAACACUCGCAACAACCUGAAAGUCCGAUAGACACGACUUCACGUACUGGAAUUCUUCAGGCUCCAACACAUCGGAGAGGAGGUUCGACAACAUCUACUCUGAGGUCACCAACCAGUCCAUUGGUAUCCAAGCCACAGCCGAGAAUACCUCCAAACAGUCCCAAUAUGUCGUUUCCUGUGCGCAAUAGGAGCUCGACUUUCUCAGGAGCGUCUGACGAGCAUGAUCCUCGGCAAAUCCGAAUCUCGGAUUCCAAAAAGGAAGAGAAUCGAGACAUCCUGUCUUGUGCCUUUGGCAGCUCUGCUGGUGCUUCUUCCGGAACGAAGAUGCAUUUCCUAUCGCUGGGCUCUGGUACGAAAGAGCUUCCGGCUACGCCUGUCUCGCCCAGCGUAGGUGGCAAUAUUUCUGCUGGCUACUUCCGCAAGCGGGAGCCUAUUGCUCGUGCCCAUACAUCGGCCUUGUCCGGUUUUAGACCUCCUUUACACGAGCGGUCUUAUUCAUCUUCAGGCGCGAAACCAGGAAUCACUGAUGCAGUUCUGAUAACCAAGCUUUUCAGUGUGAACUUGCCUGAACCGAUGGACCUGCAAGCGCUGCACACAUCGACAGCAUCACAGGGUGGCAGUGCAAUUCCAAAUCACGAAGAUCAUUCUGUUCAUAAGUCUGCGACCAAAGGCAAGAAGCCUCGAGCGAAGAAAACACCCGUCUUCGCCAUCAUCCUCAUAGUCCAACUACCAGCCAAUAUAGGCACUAUGUCAAGGCCAUCCUCACGGGGAGGUAUGCAGACUCCUCCAACAUACACUUCGAUGCGAUCCUUCCGAAAUUCGUUCAAUUCUCAGUCAACCUCGCCCAAACUCAUGUCUUCCGCCCAUUCGAGAUCGAUAGACCGUGGAGAUGCUCGAGUCAACGCACUAGUCGAACACUGGGACAUCAUUGACCGAGCGCUAACAUUGCUGGAGAACGUCUCCACGCCGAAGAUUCUCAAUCAUCUUAAGGAAGUGGAUAGUUUUUCGGCGGCUUUCGUCUCCAAGCCCUCGAAACCGAAAGAGAAGACUAUGCAACGUACGAAUCAAAUCAAUAUCUACCUAUCCCCUCAGAUACUGGGACGAGAUCCAAAGCUCAAAGAUAUCGCAAUCCAGACUAUACAAAGGAUUCGAAGAGCCCUAAGGAUACCAAGAGUCACAAUUGGACCAGGGCGUUGGGGUCUGUGGAAUGACGAACUGAUCAGAGUCGUCCGAUGCCAAGGUGGCAGAGAGCAGAGUUCCUUUGUUGGGAAAUUACUGACUGCCUUUCUCGGAACGCACACUGCCGAGUGGAUGCCAUUGGUCGCACCUUCAGGGCAUCGUCGUCAACACUCUAUCACACGCAAAACAAAUGACCUAGAUGUGAUAUCUACUCGAACGAUUAUCGUCAGCAAUGAUCGAUCUGCUGCUCGCAGACUCAUUUUUCUCCUGGCUUCAUUCCUCAUUGGCGACUUUUAUGCUGAAGACAAUCCCACUCUUUGUGGAGGACCGGGUUCCGCUGUUUCCUUACGAAACACCCUUCAUAACUCUCCCUCCACGGAAUUACUGAAAACGUCGAAUGACAGCGACUCCCCUGAAGAACAACUCAGUGGCAGUCCGGGCUGUUCCCAGGGAGGGCUGCUGAUCACUAGAGGCCUUCAGCACAAACCUUCCGACAUCCGAUCAGUCAAGAGUAUUCCAAUACCUGCCAAUGAUCUUAGUCUGAGGAAAAGCAGCGCUGCAACGACAUCGACUGUAACACCUGAUCCUACCACCCCAGUACCUCAAUUUUCGUCUUCUUUAGAUACACAAGGCGGCUACGUCCCGAAUGAAUCGAGCGCUUUAGCCAGACUGACCAAGAUCUGGCAGACCGCCAACAAGGAUAGUGAAUCAGGCGGCUCCCUUUUGAGUGGAUUCUGGAGUAAGGACUCCUCAGGCACCACCAGUGGUAGCACAGCUCCUUCGGCUUCUUCCAGCAUCAGGGUCAAGAAUGAAACUGCGUUAGACACUAUGGUAAGGGAACUUUCUAGCGAGAGCAAUUCUGCGACUCCUGUACUGGCCAACGAGUCAGCCCAAUCAUUUGGAAGUUUAGACUCAGAAGCCUUGCCUCUCAGAUUACAAGUCUAUCCUGGUGAAAAGGUUAUUGACGUUGACAUUGGCCUUCCUGGGUUCCUUAGCUCUAGUAAUGAUUCUGGUCUUGCUUCGCCACCCUUCCGCAACAUCCGGCAUGUAUCGUCCGCUGCAAGCCUUGACAGCCUUGCGUCUUCCAUGCGUCAUGGCUCUCCUAAGGCGGGAAGCAGGGCGCCAAGUCGUGUUGCAGGCUUCCUCCCAAGGUUCCAUCCGGACUAUAGCCUUCAAGCUGUUAGAGUCAGCAAGUCGGAUCUACCGGAUAUGGUAGAAAAGGUGAAAAGCGCAAUGUUGUCGGAGCCUUAUCCUCAACAAACAACAACGUCCGGCUGGGUUGAUGUUGCUACCACAUUGAUAGCGAAUGUGCAGACUGCAUCUGUCAAGAGACUCCGGUUGAGGCGGAAGGUCUCCCAGUCAAGCUAUAACAAGGGUGAUGGCACUGCAGCUGCGGCUCCCAACGCUGAACGUUCCACUACCCCAUACCCCAUCAAGCCUUGCGCGACGACGUGCAGUGAGUUUGUACAAGAGGAAGCGUUCUCCUAUGAGUCUGUCGUCGACUUUGAUCCUUUACUUAUAGAAGUCGUUGAUCGCAUCCUGGCACGUGGAAGUGCUCAUGGUUCUAGAAGCAUUUCUCCAGCGGGCAUCGGCCACUCUAAGCACGUGUCCACCGGAACGAACGACAGCUUCAGAAGAAGCAACAAACAGUCCAUGUUAAAUGGCCAACCUUCUCUGGAAAGAUUUUCUCGUGGCCCCACCAAUAACUUGGUAAUCGGAGCACUGGAGGACGUUGUCAAGACCGUCAACCACGACCUGUCAGAAGCGCUCAAUGGACAUAAUGCUACCACACCUACGAAGGAGUCAGGCUCCGCGCAAAGGAGAAAGUCUCAAGAUAAUGCUCUCAGCGAAGGGUCCAAUCUCAAUGCUCUAGCACAAACCUUAGAUGGAAUGGGCAAGUGGCGUUAUGGGGUCAUCCUUGAUGCCGGUUCAUCUGGCACUCGAGUACACAUUUACAGAUGGCUUGAUAGUGCGGUAGCACGGCAAUCUUCGAACGAGAUCGAGCUACACUCACUACCUUCUCUUGAAACGCAUGGUAAAUGGACCAAAAAGAUUCACCCAGGCGUUUCUUCCUUUGGCGAGACUCCAAGUCUAAUCGGCCCUGACCAUCUACAGCCCCUUCUCGAACAUGCCCUCGAUAUUGUACCCAGUUAUGCUGUCCGGGAAACACCAAUAUUCCUGCUUGCCACCGCUGGCGUGAGGCUGCUGCCUGACAUCCAAAGAAAGGAGCUGCUGAAACAAAUUUGCGCCUACACCCGAACACGUUCUCAUUUCCUUCUACCUGACUGUGAUCUUCAUAUUCAAGUCAUUGCCGGCGAGACUGAGGGACUUUACGGUUGGAUAGCAGCUAAUUACCUCGUUGGUGGCUUUGACGCUCCAGAAGCGCACAAUCAUGGCAAAGGGCACCAUACCUACGGCUUUCUGGACAUGGGUGGAGCUUCAGCCCAAAUUGCUUUCGCACCCAACGCCACAGAGGCACAGAAGCAUGUCAACGAUCUCAAACUCCUCCGCCUGCGCUCAAUUGAUGGGCGGGAAAGUGAGUACAAAGUCUUUGUGACAACCUGGUUAGGAUUUGGAGUGAACGAAGCACGACGGAGGUAUGUCGCAUCGCUUGUUCAAUCCAGUGGUGGGGAUACUGUCUCCGAGCUACCCGAUCCAUGUCUGCCCGCUGGUCUCAAAACAACUUUGAAAGGCGUUGUCUUAUUAGACGCUGCAACUGUACCGGCUAAAGAACCUUACCUGCUGGGCAUUGGCAAAUUCGAUGAAUGCCUGCGCGCCACAUAUCCACUGCUUGACAAGGACGCCCCUUGCGAGGAUGCGCCGUGUCUGCUUCAUGGAGUGCACGUUCCUGCCAUCGAUUUCGACGUAAAUCACUUCAUUGGCAUAAGCGAAUACUGGCAUACCACUCACGAAAUUUUCGAGACCGGCUACAAGAAUAAAGCACAUGACUUCAACACAUAUCAGCAGCGGGUCAACUCGUUUUGUCAGCAGGAUUGGGCCUUGAUUCAAGCAGGUAUUGCUGAUCACAAGUGGGGGAAAAAAGUGGAUGAGCAGAAAGCAUACGAAGCGUGCUUCAAGGCCUCUUGGCUAAUCAACAUACUACAUAAUGGCAUCGGUAUUCCUCGGGUUGGCCUGGAAGACGCGGCUAGCAGCGAUCACAAUGGCACAAGGGAAGUCAUCAAGCAAGGGAAAGAGAAGGAUUUUUUGGAACCAUUCCAAGCUGUGAAUAAGAUCAAGCAUACUGAGGUCAGCUGGACACUAGGUAAGAUGGUGCUCUAUGCAGCUUCACAAGUCCCUCCCCUCGAUGAAGGCAGUUUGCCUGUUGGGUUCGGAAGCAAUGAGCCUGGGAUUCCACUGGACUUCCAAUACCCUACAGGAGCGACUCAUCCACUCGUUACGAAUUCUAGCCAUCCUAACCUGGAAGACGAAUCAGAAGGCGAGCUGAUUCACAACACGCUCUUCAGCUCCGAUAGCCGACGCCGCAUUCCGGGUUUGCUAAUGUUCUUAUUUAUCGUGCUCAUAGCGUUCUUCUACCUUUGUGGCCGUGAUAGACGAUCUAGACUGUAUCGCAACAUAAUCGGUAGUCCAGGGAGGAAGCAGAGUCUAUUAGCCAGCAGGGUUCCCUUUUUGUCGAGAUGGAACAGGGCUUCGUAUGAACGCGUUCUUGAAGAUGGAGAAGGACUGGAGGAUCCCAGUGACCUGGAAUUGGGUGAUAUUCAAGUAGACGAUUCUGAACAGGAGAGGGCGCGAGCAGCUGGAUGGGACACGCCUCGCAAGAAACCCCGAGCUGGAAUCAUGGAUCAGGAGGUGAUGGAUCGGAGCGGACUGGUGGUAAGGACUGAAAGUCGAGAACGACUGGCUUUACAUAAUGGGAGGAAAAGUAGGACAGGUAGUCCAGCUCGCAUGAAAGCCAGUUUGACGGCGCUUGUAGAGCAAUAA